CAAAUGAGAUCGAUGGAAAACGGUGGCUGGAUUGAAAACUUUAUCGAUUUUCUAAAUUUUCUUGGAUUUCUGUAUAAGUUUUAAUUAUUAUUAUUUAAUGUUUGUGUAAAAUACAACAUAUGUAGUGUAUAACUAAGCAAUAUGGCGCAAUUUCCUCUAAAUGAACUAAAACGGCGUCUCAGAGAUGAUGCAAUACCUUUGCCAAAACGUCUCAGACUCGCUAAGAAUGUUGUCCAAUCACAACACUUCCCGACAGUGCCCAAAGAAAGAGUGGUGGCUGAUUGGGUGAACAAACUCAUUCAAGAUGACAAGAUCAACAGCAGGGAACUAAGAGAUAUACUAAGUUGGUUGAAUGGAGAUAUUGACUUCACCAAUGAGUUGAAGUACAAGAUUAUUAAGGUUGUAUCUCAGUAUCUCCAUGGAUCCACACUACAUGAAGAAGACAUAAGUAAUAUUAUAUCAUUUUUGACAAAUAAGAAAAUCACCCCUCAAUUAAACUACUUACCAGAAAACUUUUUGUUCAUCACCAAAACACUAUUACAAACUUUACACAGUAUAAGGAGUGAAAACUUGGACAAAAUACACAUUCUUUUGAACAAUAUAUCUGUUUAUUAUAAAGACUCAAAAAAGAAAAUGGAGUUUAUAUCGAAAAUUAUUUUCGGUGAAUGCUUGGAGCAUGUGUUUAGCUACCUUGACACAGAAUGCCAUGACGCUGUUAUGAGUUUAUGUCAAAAUAUUUUCUUCCCGCUAAGCAGAAAACAAGCAUUUUUACAGUUUUUCAAUCAUAUGAUCCGAACUGAUAAUGUCGAUGAAAUAGCUUGUGACAAAAGUGAAAAUAUGCAAGCAGUGGUCAAAGUUAUGAGAGGUUUCUUUACAUUCCCAAACGGUAGAGUGGAGGGAGAGCCUGCUUUUCUAAACGACUUCAUAACAACAUUUGUAUCAUGUCUGCGUAGUGAAAGUCAUGUAGUAUUUGGUUUUUAUAUCAUGGCCACAAGUGCACUGAAUAUGCCGCAAAACUACUUAAUCCCUGCAAUGAAAAUGCCUCCAAUAAUGUUUGAAGAAAACAAUGACAAAAUAAAACGUAACAUAUUCCUAAAAAUGUUGGAAGCGUUGCUCAAAAAUGAUGUUGAUAUCACUGCAACUCUGACGGACACAUCUGGUGCAAAAGUGUCUAAAGUCGAAGUUAAAAAGACAUUCAUGUCCUUCUUACAAUCCGUUAUGCUUGGACAAUUGAAAUUAGAGGGGAAGUUAGAUAAAACAACACUCAGGAUUAUAAAAACAGCACUAAAAUUGGACCCUAGUUUGGUUGAACAGAAAAUGGACCAAAUAUUACCACAUAUUAUGACAGCGAAGAAAAAUAAUCCAGAUUUCCUCGCAUGUUACACCGACAUGAUGAAUUGCUUAUUGGAGACGUUGUUCAAAUUGAGUAGAGGUACAGAGUUUCUCCACCAAAUGAUACCGCAUAUAAAAGUGAGUCUUGAAGCGAGUAACAUAGAGCAAUUCGAAUUGAAACAGAAGUUAAACGAUGCCAGUAAUACUAACCCUGAUAGGAUCAUAGCAAAAAUAAUAACUGGAAAGGAUAUUUUGCCUCUGGAGUGUAUAAUGGUCUAUGGGAAAUUGAGUGCAGAACUGUUGUUCAGGCAAAACAGAGAGCUGCUGCUGUCUUUGCAAAAGGAUUUUGAGGAAAAUUGUCUCAUGAUGCUUGAAGAAGGAUUUGUCAGUCCAUCAAUUAUAACCCUAUCGGAGACCAUCAUCAGUGUGUUGGCUAGUUUCCUACAUCAUUGCAAAAUGUCUGACCACACCGUACCACAGAACUUGGCAGAAGAGUUCUGGACGUCAUUCCAAGAGUUCGAGGAUAAUUGCUUGAACAAAUUUGGCAAAUGCAUCUUGAAGUUGAACUAUAAUCCAGUACUAGUUCUCGCCUUCCUAAAAAUCUGCUUGAGUUUUUGUCAAUUAAAACUGCUAAACAUUAAAUAUAGCAACAUUAAAGUUCAGGUCAUAGAUAAUGAAUUGAUACCAUUCUUGGGAAAAGAGAAAUGGCUAACUUUCACUUCCAAAUUUGACGAUCCAGAAGCCAAUGUAAUAUGGAUCCAAAUACUUCUAAUAAAAACAAUGGCGAUGGAGGUACUUGCAGAUGGCACGGCGGACGAACGUUCACUGGAAAUUAUAUCUGAAUCAAAGACAAUUAUAAUCAAACGAAUUUUCGACUGCCCUCAAUAUCUUCUAUACGACAAAUACAUAACAACCAAUCUGUUUAGAAAUCUUAACAAUAACCAAUUAAAAAUGGUGUCCAAAUCGUUCUUGAAAUCUUAUACGAAUUAUUCGGAUUUGAGGAUUUUUAAAACCGAAGCAGUCGUCAAUAACGAAGAGUUAUUACAAGCUUUAUUGUAUAAAGUGAUUAGAAAUAUAUGCGAUUGCAUUGAAAACGCUAAUGUUAUAAGCAAAGCGUUGAACAAAUAUGGUUUCGACAUAAUCUCUUUUAGAAAACAUGUUGAUGUUAAAGAAUGUUUGAACUGCACUAACAUGAAGAAUCAAGUAGAAAUUAAAUUGGGAGAAAUGAUCGACGUAUUUAAACAAUUACAAAUACACUGUUUGGGAGAAAGCUACCAAUUGGUAGCGAUUUAUGUUCUCCUAAUAAUAAAGAAGUGUUGCCAGUCGAAAAAAAUCAAAAAGAGUAUAGACUACAUUUUACAGAGUAUAUUCGAAUUGAGCGCCAAAUAUCCAGAUUUGUACAAAUUGUUUCCAAUCGAUUACAUAUUCGACUUUGAAGACACCACUUUGAUGGAUUUGUUGAUAUUGACGAUCAGAACACCAAACAGCGCGCUGUUAAUCAAAAUUGUUCUUGAAACGGCGGUAAAAAAAGUAAAAACCGAUUCGGAAGUCGUCAAAAACGUCGUUGAAAUUUUACUAACAAAUCAUAAAAGUAAAGGCACUAUAAUCAGUAUAGAUUACUUUAAAGACCCAGUCUUUCAGAUCACAUGUGUUUUGUUACCUCUGAUCGCUAAAGAGAAGAAGGCGAUCACAACUAGCGCUUACAGAUCGAUCCUAGCGCAUCUGCAAGACAAAUUAAAUAAAGCAAUGCUGCAUUCAUUUAAAGAUAUCGAUUUUAGUAGUAUUGUAUAUGAAGACGCUGGCAACACUGUCUUUCCACCAAGUAUAUGUGUACCAAUUAUUAAGAAAAAACCUAAAGAUGCAGCACCUGCGUUAAAUGCAAUGGGGGCUUAUUCUUUAUCACUCUUGAUGUACUGUGAAUCAAAUGAUCCAAAAGAAAUUGAGAAAAUGGAUUGUCUGUUGUCUGGGCUGGAUUUCUUCAUACAAAACGCUAUACAAGCCAUCCAAAGGCCAUCAUCCAAGAACCUGCACGUCGACCAGUCGCUACAUCUACUCAACGUUGCGUUGCGUUACAUAAAAAAACUUGAAACACAUGAAAUUUUCCAAAACAAAGACAAAUUAUUUCAAAAAAUAUGGCAAUGUGUCGGUAAUAGAUUGAUUUUGAUAUACUUGACGGAGAAAAUCGCUAAUAAUUGUAUGGAUGAAAUUGCAAUCACUUUGAAGUUUUUGAGUGAACUGUCGACUGUGGAAUGUUUUAAUACGCAUUUUGUGGGGCAACUCUCUUCUUUGGCUUUAUUAAAGAAACCAUCACUAAUAUUGAAAAAUCCAGAUAUAACCAAUACACAGUUGACAUUACGGAAAGUAUCCAAAUAUCUAUGGCAGAGCUGUUUGAAAGCCAACAUAAUUGAGCCGAAAUGUGUUAGCCUGACAAAAUUGAUAAUGAGAACUACCAAAAACGUUAGAUUUUGGAUACAGCAACACUACGGCUGUGUACAAAAUGGCGGCAAUGACGUCACGCAAGAUGACGAUGACGAAAUGCAAAUUGUGAAUACCAGAGUCAAGGAUGAAGAGCCGAUAAAGAUAUUUAAAGUUGAUGAUUCGAUUUGCGAGUUGCUACGUUAUGAAUUGGAUAUACUGUCUGAAGUUAUUUUGGCGGCGAAAAAGAUGUCACUAGACUACAAAUUCCUAGACUCAGUGUUUGAGGUGAACCACUUGAUGCACUUCAUUCUCGGCCGUGAGGUCAUGGACACAAGGUGCGAAAUCGCGUGGCAAGGGUUCGUCACCAUAUACUACGGCUGUGUUGCCAUAUUGAACAAUUUGCUACUAUCUCGGGAGGAAUUAUUGGAAGAUAGGUGGCAGUGUUACAUGCAGUGCUACAAGGCGCUGGUGCAGUGUCUAUGCGAGCGCUCCACCUCGCAGAGCGACAUGGACCAAGCCGCGGAAUACAAGCUAGCCGAUAUGGCGCAUUCUAUCGAAAAAUUAACACAAUCAAUAUGCAAACGCAAGUCCCACGUGUCUCGUAUAGCAGCAUACGCGGUCGCCGACUUCUGCACCUGGCUAGAGAAUAACCCACCACCCAAAAUCGUGAGGCAGCACAUAGAGAACUCCAUAUCUCUCCUCAUACAAGUAUCCGAUUCUACAUACGCCAUGGCAUUCCUGAAGAGAAACAUGGCUGGGCUCGUUGGACAAACUACCAUGACAAACAUGUAUACAAUGUACAAAAGAUACCAUAAAUAUGUUGGUAAUGCUUAAUAUUUUACAAUUAUUGAUUUAAUAAACUUUUAAGUGGUA